ACCCAAGAAACAGUGUAUCUGUCGACUCGUACUGGCGUGCUCUCGCAGUCAUGGCGACAGAGAUGUUGUGGGGUCGACUCCUCCCGCAGCCGAUCACUCACAUUUUUGUGAUUUUGGUGUUUUCACCCAGCCUCCUCUUCUCAUGGCGGAUUUGGCGGAUGUGCAGAAAGCCUUGCAGCAGAAGCGCGAGGAGCGCCUUCGCCAUGAGGAGGAGAGACGUUGGCUGGUUCAGCGGGACAGUAAGGAGAGGAAGCUGGCUUCGGCCUUGGACCUGGCCACGAAACGCGCUAAGAAGGUCAAGACCAUCGAUCUUUGCUUUGUGGUGGACCUGACAGCUUCGAUGCAGUGCUGGCUGAAGAUGGUUCAUGAAAAGAUCGAUGAGAUCAUUGAGGACAACCUGAAAUGCUUGGGAGACUUUGCUCGAGUCAGGGUUGCCGUCGUAGGAUACAGGGACUAUGCGGACCGGGAUCAUUUGGUAGUGCUUCCGUUCACCCACAACAUCCAGCAGAUCAAGAAGUUCUUGCAUGGCUUGAAAGCGACAGGUGGAGGCGAUGCAACCGAAGAUGUCCUGUCAGGCUUAGAAGAGGCAUUGAAGCUUGAAUGGUCGUCCACCGCCCGGGUCUUGUAUUUGCUCAGCCAAACUCCUCACCACGGCUGGCGUUUCCACAAAGCUUUAGAGGUAAACUCAGAUCGUGCAACCCUGAAAGAAGCGGUGGCAGCGUCAGAGGUGCAGGACAAAGAGGAGGCUGAGGCUGCUUUGGCGACCAAGUUCUAUGACUUGCAUUGCGAGGAUCCCAGGCAAUGGGCACCGAUGGAUCACGCCCUCCAGGAGCUCCAGCAGCAGCAAGUUCAGCUGGUGAUGCUCCGUUUGGGGCCGACCACGGAGAAGAUGAUUCAGGUCUUCAAGCAGCAGUAUUCCGUCCCUGGAGCUGCAGGACUGGAGCUCAAGGUCUACGAUGCCCGAAAAGAUGCCAAGCACUUGCGCUGCAUCGUCUCGUCCUCAUCCGUCGCCACAUUCAGUGCUUCAGCCUCUCGGAUGGGACAAGUUCCAGUCGAUAAGCACCAGAAGUUGUUGCCCUAUGUAGUGGAGCAGUCCGAACCUGACUGGGACCACAGAGAUGAGUGGUGCACAGUAGAAGCCGAACUCUACACCUAUACCAUUGUGGACGUGGACGAGAAGCCUGUGAAGAGCUCCUGCCCUUUCACAGCAGUGCUGCAUCCUCGGCCCUUUGGGAAGGGCGCCAUGCGUUUUGCCUUCUAUUUGGUCGAUCAAGGAAACCCAGACUCGAAGUAUGUGGGUAAGGUCUACCAGUUCGAGGACCCAGCCUUCCAACAGCGAUCCACUUAUGAAGGAGAUAUGACUUCUCAGGCGGUGGCGGGCUAUUUGGCCAAGGAGUUCAGCCUUCAGUAUGUGGAAGAUCCAAUCGAAUUUGUGCAGGCGCAGCUCUUGGAUUUGGGCGCACACUCAACCUUUCCUUUUCGCUUCAUGGCGAUCGAGCCAUUCAUCCCAGGCAAGUAUGAGAAGUUCACCUCCAAUGCAGGGCACAUCUCUAAGGACUCGGACUUGGCGCAGGCGUUCUCCCACUUCACCUGGGAAUUCACGGCCGGUGACAUCAUGGUCGCUGACAUCCAGGGAGGCGGCAACACAUUGACUGAUCCGCAGAUCCAUAGUCAGGAUAUCGAUCGUUUUGGACGUGGGAACUUGGCCACCAAAGGCAUGAACGCCUUCUUUUUGAACCAUAGGUGCAACCACAUUUGCCAUACUCUACAGCUGCAGGGGCAUCCUCUUCAGCCGGGCAUGGCUCCUGAAGAGGCCAUUGCCUUGCCGCUUGCGUCCAUUCAGGAAAUCGCUGAAAGUCCAGGUGCUGGUCCGGCACUCGAGGUUGAUUGGAUGCCAUUGCCCGACUCCAAGCUCCGCCGCUUCCUCGACGCCGUGCGGAACGCUGCAGCUGCCGGAUCGACCGGAUCGACAGAGACCGCCUCGCUGGGAGGCGCCGUGAUUGAGUGGCAAGAGCGGCCCAAGAUUGUGAAGGUGCUUCCGAAUUCGCCGGCCUCUGAAGCCGGUUGUGAGGAAGGCGUGUACUUGCACCUAAUUGGCGGACAGCACAUCACGGGCGAGUUGUCCAAAGCAGAAGUUCUGCAUUUGUUGGCUGCUGAGAACAACAUGAUGGUGGUCAUGGCAGCACCUGAGAAGGUCGAGUCCAUUCUCAAGAAGAUCUCUGGAGAUGAGAUCACGGUCCCCAUGCUCGAGCUGCUGAAGGGCCUAAUCUGCGGCGAGCCCGAUGGAGGUGCCAGUCUUCUGGAGUUCCUUGCAGCCUUGAGCGAUGAAGGUGCACUGAAGCCCUUGCAAGGUGGGCUUGAGAAAGAGGUGGCGAAGAUGAGGCUGCUGGAGGGGCUGAACUCAGAUGCCGCACAUCGACUGCAGCACCCAGAUAGCUCAGAGGGUUGGAAUUCGCAGCUGAAUGCGCCUUACGACACCUUGGCUGGAGCCACCUUCGUUUGGACCAACCCUCCGACCAUUUGGGCGGUCAUGAAAGGAUCAAUCGCAGAGGGACAGAUGUCCAAGGGCGACACACUCAUCAGCAUCGAUGGAGAAGAAGUUCAAGGCCUUUCUCGCCAGGACGUCUUAGAGAAGCUGCAGAAAUGCCAGGGCAUUGGCCUGGGGCGUGGCAAAAUGACCACGAGUUUCGAUGGUUUUGAUGCUGUGAGCGGCCUGGAAACCAGCACGUGGCGUGGAAGGAAAAUCAUUUGGACCGACCCCCCCAGCUUUGAGGAUGAUGACAUUCUCGUGGAGACAGGUGGUGCCAACUUCUUUGGGAGACCCAAACAGGAAGUUUUGGCCAUGCUGGAAGCUUCAAGCCAGAUGACUUCCUUGAACAUUGCCAAAAUUCGCCUGGCAGCAUCGGUGAAUUUCCUCAAGAUUGGCCUCCAAGAGAAGUUGGAAGGAGAUCAGCAGCCUGUCCACUUGGGUUUUACUUGCCAAGGUUGUGAGCGAAAGCCUUUGAUCGGAGCUCGCCACACAUGCAAAGACUGUGGUGUGCACUUGUGUGGUGCUUGCUUCCGAGGUCGGGCACAUGCGCAUGUGUCUGGUCACUGCUUCUUGGUGCAUGAACACGCCGGCGCCAGCGCCUCCGGUGCAGCUCCGGUCAUCCCGCUGGCGGAAGGGUCGCCUGUGGUGGUCAUUGGCACAGGCCAAAAGUGGGAUGGACAGCCAGGGCUGGCCACGGCACCGUUAUCUUCUGAAGCUUCCUCGCUUUGGUCUGUGGUGAUGGAAGGUGAGGAUGUGUGUUUAGAGCUUGAAGCCAAACACCUUUUCCUUCGUGAGCCACAGAAGACCGGUGAUGAGGCAGCCCCAGACUUGGACAAGGAAACUGAAACCAAAGCUGUUGAAGCUCCGCUUCCUGAUCUUCUUGCUCCACUUGCGGCCGAAAGCCCGAAGUCAACUACACCAGCUCCAAAACAAACCGAAGCUCGGCGUCCUGCUCCGAGAGCGACCAAAAGCCCGAAGCCAGCUACACCAGCUCCAAAAGGAACUGAACCACGCUUCACCAAAGUCCAAUCCAAGAAGGUGGAGGACUUCACGGUUCAGGGCUUAACAAGGCAGCGAUCUGCACGAGAGCUGAGGCAGGCCAAGGGGCAAGAAGCCUUGGAACGUUUCAAGGCCGCACCCCGCACCGCCCACAAAAGCACUUUCCUUUGCAAAGGAAAAUGUGGCAGAAUGGUGGAGACUGAAAAGGUGGACUACAUCAAGAAAGGGCAAGAAGGUGUCUUCUGUGAGCUUUGCACCAAGAAAUGCAAGGCUUCAAGGAAGCAAGCGCUUUGCCAGAAGUGUAGGGCAGGCUUUGUGUACUUUCAAUUUGUUUUGGACUUGGAAGGUCGUGCAGUGCCCCGUCUUUGUGACAAUUGCCGUGACAGCCAGGCUGAUGGCUGGGCCAUUGUCAGCCCAUGUCCCGCGCGAGCGCCGUGAGUGGUCUCAUUUUUAAACAGGUCUAUGCUUGGGGAGAUGUAGCGUGCUUGAGACCCAGAAUGGCAUGUUUACUUGAUGGCUCUUGCUUUUGCGGGACUUGCAUGAAAUUCAUCAGUGAUGCGGCGGUUGUAGUACAAUCAAUCUUUAAGAAACAGAUAAGUGCCUGACACACGAGCCUAAAAGCCAAAAUAUAUCGAA